AUGGUCCGAGACAUGUCGGGCGCCAGGGAGAUGACGAUGGAGCAGAUGAUAGCCAUGAAGGAGGGCCUGGAGGCUCAGAUCCGCGCCAUGGGUCAGCCGGAGGACCCAAAAGCGUGUCUUAAAGGCAAGUUCUCACAAGCAGCUGGCUACAAGGCCGACGUGGAGGAGGAGCCCAGAAAGCUGGAAAGUGGCCAGACGUACGAAGUCGUAGCGAAUUUCGUUGCUGUUCGGAAGCUUCCGUCGCUUGAGGCUCCUUUCGUUCGUCGGCUACAGAAAGGUGCCAAAGUCGAGAUGUUUGAGUGGGACAAGACCCGUCGAUGGCGGAGGGUGUGCAUCGAAGCGCCCGUCGAUGCGCAGGUGAAGCCAAGGGCUCCGACCAUGACAGAGGCACAGAAGAGGUGGGCGACCGCUGAGCCCGUGUGGGAUUCGGUGAGUGGAAAAUGGGUGGAUGCCGCCCCAAAGGUCGAAGUCUUGGAUUCCGACUCCGACGCGGAGGAUGCGGUGGUGAGAAGAGAUGCAUGGAUCAUGGUUCACCAUCCAGACAUGGGCCUUCUACUUCAAGCAGUACAACCUGAUGACGUACCGGAAACCCCACUCAGCGAUUCUGCUGCGAAGGAGCCGAAGCCUGUCAGCAGGCAGCAAGACCAACAGCUGCCUGGGCAAGCAGCGGUGCCUGCCGCUGCGUUUGCGGUGGAGAAGGCGCGCUUCGAUUUCUAUUGGGGCAACACUCCCAAUGCAUCGCCGCCGCCCUUGCAGAGUCAGCCAAUCGUUCAGAGUCAUGGAGCACAGAUUCUACCGGCGGCACGUCAUGACGCAGCUUUCACCCCUGAAGUGCCGGCCGAGCCGGCUCUCAUCGCGGCGGUGCGAAGUGGAGAUGAAGAGUCGGUUCGCGUUCUGCUGCAGACUGGUCACGAUCCCAAUGUUGUGGAUGCUUUGGGCACUUCGGCAGCACAAUGCUGUUUGCCCAAGAGUGUUCUCCUAUGA